AUGAAGUUCUCUUCCAUUACCCUUUUAGCAAUUUCCUGUUUUGCAGAAAUUGUUCUAUCCAAAGAAGCUAACAAGGAACCAGCAACUCAAGACGCCACCACCACUACUACUACAACUGAUGAUUCACCAGAUAAUAAGAAGGUCCCAGUUUCACUUAACUUGGCAAAUAAGAAGGAAUCAAUUUUAGUCUUAAAAGAUUUAGCUGGUACUAAUAAUGUUGCCAUUGAUCCUAACUCUCGUUAUUUAGUUAGUGAUAUUACUGCAGUUGAAGGUGAUGAAAGAAAUGGAGCAGCAUUUGCCAGACAUGACUUUAGAUGCUUUAAAUGGAAGCAAUAUCAAAUUGUUAGAUCUGGACAUUGGUGGACUGAAUGGACACCUGGAUCAUGUUGUACGUUUAAUAAAGACCGUCACGAUAAGAGAGUGCCCAUUACUGUGGAUUAUGAUUAUGAUUGGAAAGUGGAAAAAGGUAGUCCAGUGAGAUGGGAAAACAUUGAAGGAUUACUUGAUUCCUAUGUCGUCAAAGAAAGCAGAGGUUCGCGUACUAUUCAAUGUGACGUUCCUAGAAGAGAUGUCGCUCAAGGUUGGAAACAACAAUUGAUGUUCUGGGGUGAUGUCCAAGAACAAACUUGUACAAUGUGCAACAAUAAUUAUAAGCAAUGUGGACCAUGGAGUAAAUAUUAUAGAGUGGAUGCUCCUAUUAGAGAUGCUCUUCAUAUUACUUGUAGUGUUGGUAAAGAUAAAGUUAAAUGUGAUUAUAAUAAGGACAAGGACCGUCAUCAUGAAGAUCCUGAUCACCACGACGAUCACGAAGACCAUGACAGAAAUGACAGAGACAGAAAUGAUAGAGACAGAAAUGACAGAGACAGAAAUGACAGAGAUAGAAAUGACAGAGACAGAAACGAUAGAAAUGACAGAAACGACAGAGACAGAAAUGACAGAAAUGAUAGAGAUAGAAAUGACAGAAACGACAGAGACAGAAACGAUAGAAAUGACAGAAAUGACAGAGACAGAAAUGAUAGAGACAGAAAUGAUAGAGACAGAAACGACAGAGACAGAAAUGACAGAGACAGAAAUGACAGAAAUGACAGAGACAGAAAUGAUAGAGACAGAAACGACAGAGACAGAAAUGAUAGAGAUAGAAAUGACGGGAAUGAUAGGAAUGACAGGCAUGAAAAGCAUCAAUAG